AGGUCCUAAAAGGAAAGCACCCGCGCUCAUGCAAAAGUGCAAGAGCUGGUGGGGAAGCGGUGUGUCUGGCGGAGGCCUUUAAAGGCAGCCACAAGCGGGGCGGCAGGUGUCACUCGCGGGGACCCAGCUCGUCGGUGUUGGCGCGGUCGGCCUAGGCGACAGGCUGCAGUUUACGAAGGAGGAAAACCGUUUUGCUUCAAGAUUUUUUUCCCCUAAUUUCUUCUACAAAUCAAAACAUCUCAACAUGGAGGCUUAAUUCCCUUAAAAGGGACUUAGUCUAAUCUCGGGAGGUAGUUUUGUGCAUAAAUAAACAAAUUAAUCAAUUAACCGGCAUUUUUGUUACAGAAGCCAAAAAGUGUUCAUUUUAAAAUUUUGAUCUAAUUAUAUGAGGUAUAACUGUAUGAGUUUGAUUUUGAAUUAGAUUUGUAGGAGUAAAGAAUAGGAGUGAUUGUAGCUGGGGCAUACUAUUGAAGCACUCUUUUGCAAGAUUGGCUUGGCAAUUUCCUGCUGACUGCUGUGUAGAAUAAAACAACAAACCUGUAUUUGUGAAGAUUUAACAAUGAUCGACAGUUAUCUAGAACAAAAAGUCAAUAGUCAACACGUGGUAAAAUUAGAGAAGUAUGCAAUUGAAACUUUUGAUCUGUUAAGAAUUUUCUGCCAAGAAAUGUCAAUAACAAAAUAUUUUGAUAGGUACAACAAAUUUAGAGGAAAUAGGAAAGAUAAACGUGAUGACUGGUGAAGAAAUUAUCCAGUUGCAAGAUUUGUUCAAAUGGGCUGUUAUUUCUGAGGAUGAUGGUAGAAUGGUUACCUUUUGGUAAACGAACAAAGUGACUUGGAAAGCAAAUCUGUACAAAGACAGUGAUAAAUCUAAAGAAAGGUUGUAUAGCCAUGUGUGAAAUCUUGGCCGAGUGAAAGGACUGAUGAAGUUAGACACAGUGACUUCCCUUUGCAGGAAGUAUUCAUGGGUAGUGAGACAGGAUGUUUCUCCCACCACCUGGACACAGAGUACUGAAAUCUGCAGUUAGAAAACCCCAACAUCUGUGAGAUCAAGGAAACCAUGCUUGCAAAUCACUGAUAGAAAAAUCACAAUGACUUGUUACUGGUCAUUGAGAGUAUUAUUGUCAGAGAACUCAUUUACCAAUGGCUAGUAAGUCAUAAUUGGGAAAUUCUGAAUUUUGACAAGGUUUCUGCUGUUCAGAUGGUAAAUUUAUUAUUAUUUUUGUGUUGAUACAUUCUGGUUCGAGGUAUGCUAUCUGUGAAGUAAGUUCUGCCCCAAACUAAAUUUGUGUAAUUUGACUAUCCAUUUUAGACUUGCCACUUUCUGUCUUUUGAACUGUUUUUAAAAAAAAUUCAAUUCCAGAGUGGAAAAUUUAAUGUUGGCUCUAGGGACAAUUAGGAAAACAAAAUUGUUUAAGCAGGUGAUAAGUUGAAUAACUCUACCAUGUUAUCCCCAAACAAAACAUCUGGAAAGGAUUCAUUAUUUUAUAACCAUAUCCGAAUUAUCUUAAGAAAAUUUUUGUUUAGCCAAGGGAACACAAUAUGUAAAAUGACUCUGUUUUUCCAAAAGAACCCUGAAUAUAGUAAUUUAGUGCAAUUUUGUUAUUGGGGGCUUGUGGCACAAUCUCUGUUUGCAACACCUGUUAUUUACCAUAAUUAUAAGGGGUAUUUUCAGGGUCAAGCCAACCAUGCCUUUAGGAUGACAAAGCAGUAAUGUUGAGUUGCUUUAACAGCAUGAAGUUGGGUCCAAAAGACCAACCAAGCAAAUAUACUAAUCUGAUGAUUUAUUUAAAAUAGAAUGUUUAUUUUUUUCAAGAUCUUAGAGUAUCACUCCAAGCAAGCAUGUUUCUCAUGAUCUGUGAGGAAGUGUACCUUAAGAAGUAAAGAAUGCUGCUAAUUAAAAAGUUUUGCCAUCAGUGGUUAGACAACUGUCAAUAGCAGGUAUUCAAACAGGCACCUUAGAAGCAAUGGAAGAUCGUAAUUCUUUUCCUCCUUUGACUUCGGUCUCAUGCUUUUUUUUCUUUUUCCUGGCAAACAAAUUUCACAACUUCCAACAAGCUAAAUAAAUAUGAUUUGAAUAUGUUGCUAGAGACCUUUGUGGAGCACGGCUUUGUGCCAUGAAAAGCAGCUUGCUUUGAAGUCAUUUUGUCUUUAGUUGAAUGCCGCUGAAGCAGGAGUUGACCUGUGCCCGGCACUCUGUGGCAUCUUGAGGACCUAGAACACUUUAGCUUCUAUCAAGUUUGAGUUAGCUUUUGUCACAGGUCACUCAUGUUUUCACUGUGUGUCAACAGGAGUGUAUCAUGGUGUGGUGAGGCGUAACUGUCUGUUAAAAAUAUCUGUCUAGGACGUAGAAUCUUGCAGAGCUGAAACUCUAUACUCAGAGAAGAAAAAAGAAUGAAUGAUUUCUUAUUUUCCAUGAUGCUCAAACUAAGGAAAUCAAAAGCAAUGCACAAAACUACCUCCCCAGAGAAAGACUAGUCCCUUUUCCUCUGCUUACAUUUCAUCAUGAACAUAGUAGAAAAUAGCAUCUUUUUAGCGAAUUUGAUGAAAAGCGCCAACACUUUUGAACUGAAAUACGACUUUUCGUGUGAGCUCUACCGAAUGUCCACAUAUUCCACGUUCCCUGCUGGGGUCCCUGUCUCGGAACGGAGUCUUGCUCGUGCUGGUUUCUAUUACACUGGAGUGAAUGACAAGGUCAAAUGCUUCUGUUGUGGCCUGAUGUUGGAUAACUGGAAACAAGGAGACAAACCCAUCGAAAAGCACAGGAAGUUGUAUCCUAGUUGCAGCUUUGUGCAGAGUCUCAACUCCGUCAACAAUUGGGAAGCAAACUCUCGGUCUACUUUUCCCUCUUCCGUCACAAACUCCACACAUUCAUUCCUCCCAAGUUGGGAACACAGUGGCUAUUACAGCGGUUCGUAUUCAAGUCUUCCAUCAAAUCCUGUAAACUCCAGAGCCAAUCAAGAUUUUUCUGCCUUCAGGGUGAGUCCCUACCACUCUGCGAUGAGUACCGAAAAAGCCAGAUUACUCACCUUCCAGUCGUGGCCAUUGACCUUUCUGUCACCGAUGGAUCUGGCAAAAGCAGGCUUUUACUACGUAGGACCGGGGGACAGAGUGGCUUGCUUCGCCUGUGGGGGAAAACUGAGCAACUGGGAGCCGAAGGAUGAUGCUAUGUCAGAACACCUGAGACAUUUCCCCAACUGUCCAUUUGUAGAAAAUCAGCUCCAAGAUGCUUCGAGAUACACCAUUUCGAACCUGAGCAUGCAGACCCAUGCUGCCCGCUUCAAAACAUUCUUUAACUGGCCCUCGAGUCUUCUAGUUCAUCCUGAGCAGCUCGCGAGCGCAGGAUUUUACUAUGUGGGUCACAGUGACGACGUCAAGUGCUUUUGCUGCGAUGGUGGACUGAGGUGCUGGGAACUGGGAGAUGACCCGUGGGUGGAACAUGCCAAGUGGUUUCCAAGGUGUGAAUAUUUGAUAAGAAUUAAAGGACAGGAAUUCAUCAGUAGAGUCCAAGCCAGUUACCCUCAUCUACUUGAGCAGCUGUUAUCCACAUCAGACACUCCAGAAGAUGAAAAUGCAGAGCCACCAAUUGUUCAUUUUGGACCUGGUGAAAACCCUUCAGAAGAUGCAGUCAUGAUGAAUACGCCAGUGGUUAAAGCUGCCUUGGACAUGGGCUUCAGCAGAAGGCUAGUGAAGCAGACAGUCCAGAGUAAAAUCCUAGCCACUGGAGAGAACUACAAAACCAUCAGCGAUCUUGUACUGGAUUUGCUAAAUGCAGAAGAUGAAAUAAGGGAAGAGGAGAAGGAAAGAGCAAGCGAGGAAAAAGAGUCAGAUGAUCUGUCGUUAAUUCGGAGGAAUAGAAUGGCACUUUUUCAACAUUUGACUUGUGUGAUUCCAAUCCUGGACAGUCUUCUAACUUCUGGAGUGAUUAAUGAGCAAGAACAUGCUGUUAUUAAACAGAAAACACAAACAUCUUUACAAGCCAGAGAACUCAUUGAUAUUAUUUUAGUAAAAGGAAAUAUUGCAGCCACCGUAUUCAAAGAUUGUUUACAAGAAACUGACCCUGUGUUAUACAAGCAUUUAUUUGUGCAACAGGACAUAAAGUACAUUCCCACGGAAGAUGUUUCAGAUUUACCAAUGGAAGAACAAUUGCGGAGAUUACAAGAAGAAAGAACAUGUAAAGUGUGUAUGGACAAAGAAGUGUCCAUUGUGUUUAUUCCUUGUGGUCACCUAGUUGUAUGCAAAGAUUGUGCCCCUUCUCUAAGAAAAUGUCCUAUUUGUAGGGGUACAAUCAAGGGUACAGUUCGCACAUUUCUUUCAUAAAGAAGAUUGAAACUUUGUUAUACUUUAGAAUUAAUGGAUUAAAUGUAUCAUAGUGUUUACUUUUACACUGAUUUGAUAGUGAUUUUGAUGUAAAUGUUUUAUUACAAUUCAGAAAACUUUUUGUAGAAAUAUGCCUACAUAAAUAUGUAUCUAGAACAUGUGGCCAUGCAUAUUUUAGAUAACAAGACAAUAAUAGGCUUUUGUUCUUAUGAACAAAAAAUAGGGACAACAUUAUAAAUAAAAUACUCAGUGAAAACUGCAGCAUUACUGAAAUUAUAAGUGAAGCAACAUUUAAGAUAUUGGAGUUUUAUCUUUCAAAAUUUUAAAUAUCUUGGGCUUUUGUUGAAUAUUAACAGGAAUUCCUUGCAUUUUUUAUGUAUAAGUCAGCAUCCUAUACAUAGAAAGUCUUGAUAUUUGUUGAAUGAUUCUUUUUAGGAACAUGGUGGUUUUUUUUUUUUUUUUUUUUGAGGAAUUCCAUGAGGAACAGUUUAUUAAAGCAAUAGAAAUUACUCUUUACCUUUAUUUCACCCGCAGACCUCUUCCAUACUUCCAUACUUCCCUAAGACCUCCUCAGGGCUGAGCCCCAGCUUAGGUCCCUUCCUAUAAGAUGUUUCUUCAUUUAUAAUGGUACAGCAUAAAGAUCAACACACCUGGCUUUCAUCUGUAGCAUUUUAUGGGAUGCCUGAGACAAAAAUCAAACCAUCUCCUCAGUAAAUUUGUUCAUUUUUCCAUUGAUUCAUUCCGGAUGUCUCUCGCCAUCCCUACCCAUGGGGAAAAGCCCCUCAUCUUACUCUCACCACUUGAGUAUUUAUUCUGGAACUUAGUAGCCCUUGGCACCAAUAGCUUGUCCUGGUGAGGAAGUGUGUUCUGUUUUGUUAGGACGGCAACAUUGCCUCCAUUACAUAGCUUCAUGGAUACUCAACACGUCCAACACAUAUUUCUCUAUUCUUUGUUCCCUCUAGAGGUAUUAGGACUUUAAAGGCCAGAAGUAAAAUGGUAAUGGAGAGUAGGGUGGGGAAGACAGGCAAAGACCAAUCAUCUAAACCGGCCCUAGAUAUCUGCUAGUUCUAAAGAGAAAGAUUAGAGACCACACAGGGGCCGGGGCCGUGGCGCACUAGGUUAAUCCUCCACCUACAGCGCCAGCAUCCCAUAUGGCCACCGGUUCUAGUCCUGGAUUCUCCUCUUCCAGUCCAGUUCUCUGCUGUGGCCAGGGAGGGCAGUAGAGGAUGGCCCAGGUCCUUGGGCCCUGCACCCGCAUGAGAUUGGCGCAGCGCUAGCCAUAGCAGCCAUUUGGGGAGUGAACCAACGGAAGGAAGACCUCUCUCAUUGUCUGUAACUCUACCUGUCAAAUAAAUAAUUAAUAAAAUCUUUUUAAAAAAUAUGUAGAGACCACACAAGGGAGAAGAGCCCAUCUUCCAUUCUGAUGUUGAGAGGCAUGUAUGCAAUUUUACCGCUGCUGAAAGACUCAGCUGGAUAGCCACAUGCUCACCAGUGUGCUCCUGGAGAGAAAUGAGCUGAAUCAACUGUAGUCUUGCUUGGGUGAUUCAUCAAUCAGCUAUAGGAUAAAUAGUUGGAUGGUAGAUGUUCUAUUUGCCGCACCUAUUUUUCUGUGGUUCUUUUUUGCGCACUAUAGUUAAUGUUUCUCACCUCCAUUCUUGUUCAUUAAUCAUUUUGGUAACAAAAAGCUACCAUUACCAUCUUAUUGAUUUAAAUAUGUUAUUGCCCUAGGACUAGUUAAGCUGCAAUUUUGUUUUGGAAAACAAUAAAUCACUCUAGGUAAUAAA